AUGUCUGCAAGAGAACCUAACGGCAAUCAACCAUUAAAAUCUUCCAAACAUUCAAUAUCACGGAAAGCUUUUUUUGAAUGCUUAGAUAAUAUAAAAAAAGAGAUUUUCGACGGAAUUCAUUAUCAAAAUCAAUGUUUCGAGCGCGAAUUCGCUAUUUUAUUAGAAGAUUUUAAACGUGAUUUCAUUCGAAAAUUAAAACAAGACGAAGAAGCGAUCAGAGCCGAAUUCUUAAAUCAAAAUAAAGAAUCCAACGAUAUCGAUUACAAGGAAAUUGAUAAUUCUUUUAAUACCGAUUCAAAUCAACUACAACCAAACUUAUACCAAUAUGAUUAUGACAUCUCAUAA